AGGAUUUGAACAAAGAACAAAUUAAGCAACUCAAAAUGGCUUUUGAUGCAUUUGAUCAUGAAAAAAAAGGAUGUAUUGGAACAGAUAUGGUAGGUACAAUACUUUCAAUGUUAGGACAUGAAUUGAAUGAUGAAACAUUGCGACAAAUAAUAGCUGAAGUCGAUGUUGAUGAAUCUGGAGAACUAGAAUUUAAUGAAUUUUGUACGUUAGCUGGAAGAUUUUUAGUUGAAGAAGAUACAGAAGCUAUGGCACAAGAACUUAGGGAAGCGUUUCGAUUAUAUGAUAAAGAAGGUAAUGGCUAUAUUACAACUGAAGUUUUCCGAGAUAUUCUCCAUGAAUUAGAUGAUCAAAUACCACCAGAAGAACUUGAUCUAAUGAUUGAGGAAAUUGAUACUGAUGGGUCCGGUACUCUUGACUUUGAUGAAUUUAUGGCUGUUAUGAAAGGAGAGUAACUUUUUAUAUCGUCAAUACAGAUAUUUAAUAUAAAAACUAUAAAAUACGGAUGGUUCUUUACCAAAUGUUUUAAUUUUAGUAUAAAUAGUGUUAAGUGUUAUAUACCAUAUCUGAGAAAGUAUUGAAAUGGUAUAAGGUCAGUAGAUGCAUUGAAGUUAUGGCAUUAAAUAUAUUUCAUGAAUAUUAUAGAAGAAAUAUAUAUCAAGAUUUUACGAUUUAAC